CCCAUUUCUAACAUCUUUUCCGCUCGAAGCUCCAAUCUCGACCAUGAUGAUGUCGAGUGACAGUUUAGAGCAGCAGCUCAGUGACAGUUUCGAGCAGUACACUGACAGGAAGACGUCCUUGUCAUCUGCAUUGGAUUCUUUGUCAGUGACGGCAAAGCCAAAGGUUUCAUCAUCCGGGUUGAAAAUGACACCGCCAAUCAAAUCGAAAAGUUGGACUGCCCCAGCCGUUGCGAUUGGCAUUGCGUUACUCUUGUUUGGACGGAGUUCUCCCCUCUUCAGCGUAUCUUCCCUGCAAAAGGAGCUGAUACGAGACAUUGUGAAAGAAAAGACAGUGGCCGAUGAAGACGUGUCUUUCACAAGAGAAAACAUUCAGAGAAAUGUCGCGGCCAAUGCUACUUCUACCGGCUCUUCAAGUACUUCUAGUACUUCUAGUACAACUAGUGUUGAUACUGCCACGUCAACGAAAGUUGACGGUUCGUCAUCAGAAAAGGAAUCAGUAGAACAAAGUCCAACAGAGAACGAACCUUCAAAAGUGGCACAUGGAGAAUGA